AUGGCGGCCUCUGCAACGCCUCUAUCUCUCUCCUUCUUCACCUCCUCAAUUUUCCUCACUUCCUCUUCUCACAAACCCCUCUCAACCCUCAUACCCAACAAUUCUCUCAGAACCCCCAAACCCCUCACCAUCUCCUCCGAGCUCGCCACCCUCCCCGUCCUCUCCUUCACCGGCGACAAGGUUGGCGAGACCUUCCUCGACCUUAAAGCCGCCCUCCCCGACACCGCACGUGCCGUCGUCCACCGCGCCAUCAUCACCGACCUCCAGAACAAGCGCCGCGGCACCGCUUCCACGCUCACACGCGCUGAGGUCCGCGGAGGAGGCCGGAAACCCUACCCGCAGAAGAAAACGGGUCGGGCUCGCCAGGGGUCGACCCGGACGCCGCUCCGGCCAGGCGGAGGCGUCGUUUUCGGACCCAAGCCCAGGGAUUGGAGCAUCAAAAUCAACCGCAAGGAGAAGAGGCUCGCGAUUUCGACGGCGGUAGCGAGCGCGGCGGAGAACACGAUCGUGGUUGAGGAUUUCAGCGACGAGUUCGAGAAGCCGAAGACGAAGGAGUUCAUUGCGGCGAUGAAGAGGUGGGGAUUGGACCCGAACGAGAAGACGACCUUUUUGAUGAGGGAGGUCGCGGACAAUGUGAGGCUUUCGAGUAGAAAUAUUGGGACUUUGAAGAUGUUGACUCCGAGGACUUUGAAUUUGUUUGAUAUUUUGAAUGCGGAUAAAUUGAUUCUGACGCCAGAGAUUGUGGAUUAUCUGAAUGCGAGAUAUGGGUUGAAUUAUGAGGGCGACGAUGAGGUCGAAGAGGACGAUGAAGGUGCAGAGGAAGAAGACGAAGAAGAAGGAGAAGGAGGAAUUGAAGUUCAAGGGACUGUGUCAGAGGAGAGUUCUGAUGCAGCAGAGUGA